AUGUGCUGUAAAGUAAAGCAGCUCCAUGUUUGGGGAGGUGGUGGUGGUGAUGGUGGUGAUAGUAGUGGUGGUGGUGAUGGUGGUGGUGGUUGUGGUAGUGGUGGUGAUGGUGGUGGUGGAGGUAGAGGUGGAGGUGGAGGUGGUGGAGGAGGUGGUUGUUGUGGUGGCGAUGGUUGUGGAGGUAAUGAAUGUGGUAGUGCAAAUGGUGGAGUUGGAUGUGGAAGUGGAUGUGAAGACCUGUAUUUAAAUAAAUAUAUAUAUAUAUUGCUGCCUAUUUAG